AUCAGCUGCGUGUCUUUCUACAUCCAUGGCAAUCUCUUCUCUCCGUUUCCCGCUCUCUCCAUGGCUGCUCCUCAAAACCCCAAAGCUAAAACCCUCCUUCAGAUUUUCAUUUCCAAUUCUACCCUCUACAAGACACACUCAAUUACUACUCCUAUUCUCUUACUCUCAAUCUCCACCGUCCAUUUCUCUUCCCUUAACGGACUCAAACUCGAAUCAGUCCCUCCAUUCAAAAUGGGAAUCUAUUAGAAAGAAAAAGGUUGUUUUGCGGGUUGGCUAUGUGGGUACUGAUUAUAGAGGUCUUCAAAAGCAACAUGACCAGCAUUCAUUAUUGACUAUUGAAGGAGAAUUGGAACGUGCUAUAUAUGAGGCUGGUGGGAUUCGUGAAAGUAAUUAUGGCAAUUUGAAUAAAAUUUCGUGGGCUAGAAGUAGCCGGACAGACAAAGGAGUUCACUCAUUGGCAACAACUAUAACAAUGAAAAUGGAGAUACCGGAAAAUGCAUGGAAGGAUGACCUUUAUGGAAUGGUUCUUGCGAAACAUGUUAACUCUUAUCUCCCUGAUAGUAUUAGAGUUUUGAGCAUCUUACCAGCACAGAAGAAUUGUUAUGUGGUUCACCAGAUCCGCAAAAUGGUAGGGACAGCUGUGGCUGUAAAGCGGAAGGUACUUCCAAGAGAUCUCAUAAUGUUGUCACUGACAAAGUUCUCAAGGAUUGUUCUACCCCUUGCUCCAUCUGAAGUUCUGAUUUUGAGGGGAAACGAUUUUUCCUUGAGAAAAAAAUCUGGUGAAGGGAAAAGGCCUGGAAUGGAGACAAUGGUCGAAUCAGAAGAGAUUCUCAGGGCUGUGAAUGAGUUCUAUUCUACUAUGAUGCUACCUCAAGUUUCAAAAUUCUUGGACCCUUGUAAGCCUCCCUGGAAGGAAUGGGUUGAGAAUUUGGACAAGUACACAAGCAUUCCUGAUGCACAAUUGGAUGAAGUCAGGAUUGCUCGGAAAGUCUGGAUGGAAAAUUUUAAGAUCAGGAAAAGCAUUGAAUCUGUUGUAAAUCAGUGAAACGGGGUAUAACACUUGUCAUCUGACUUGUGAUUUUUUUGACAGAUUUUCACGACCCGGUUUGUUGUUUGUCUGAUGUCUAACAGGGCGAAUUAUCUGUAAUGCCAGAGCCUCUCUGUUUCCCUGUCUGUACCCUGGUGAUUGGUUCUCACCAAUAAUAUGAAAUAACCAUUUGCAAGGUUGCUUGAGCAUGCACCUUACCAUUUUGAGACGCUGCUUCUUGACUGGUCAUCAAAAUACCAGGGUAAUACCCAGUUUCUGUUCGUGAUGCUGGAUUAGAUUGUUCAGAUGAUCAAGUACUGAUGCCACAGCACUGUGCUAAAGGCUGGGGGUCACACACUAUGGUGGAUCGCCCUUGCAACUUCUAGCAUGUUAAAGUGGCUGAUGGUUGCUGGGUCCAUCACGUCCUCAAUAUGGGGAGAGAUUGAAUAGGCUGAACAAGAAACUUCGCAAUCAAAAGUAAAGUGAAAGAGUUCUUGGCAGUUUUGGUGUCUUUUUUACCUUUAGCACAUGAGAUACUGGCUCAAAGCAUGCUGUAUCUUUCAUGUAUCAUGCAUAAAUAGUUUUAAACGUGUAAUUUCACAAAUGUCGGGAGUCUUUAUGCCAUGAUGAGUUUUGCUGUCUGAUCUCUAGC